AUGGCUCAAACAGUGAAGGUAAUAGAGCAAUGUCAAAUUAGUCCUCCACCAGGUUCGGUUCCUUCAACAUCUAUUCCACUUACUUUCCUUGACCUUCCAUGGCUUUGUUGCCCCCCAAUUAAACGUAUUUUUCUCUAUGAGUUCCCUUAUUCCACCCAAUACUUCUUCCAAACUUUCCUUCCAACUCUCAAGCACUCUCUUUCUCUCACUCUCCAACACUUCUUCCCUUUCUCUGCCAAUCUAGUGUUCCCUCCGAAGCCAAACAAACCUCAUAUCCUCUACUCCCAUGAUGACUGUAUCUCCUUCACCGUGGUAGAGUCCACAGCAGAUUUCACCAAACUUGUGUCUGAUUCCCCAAGAGAUGUUAAGGACUUGCAUCCUUUUGUUCCUUUGUUGCCUUCAUCACGUACCUUAGAAGAUGGCACGUUUUUGUUCCCUCUCAUGGCCAUUCAGGUGACUGUUAUGUCCAAUUCCGCCUUUAGCAUAUGCAUAACUUUCAGCCACGUGGUGGCAGAUGGGAGGGCAUUUCAUCACUUCAUGAAAUUUUGGGCCUCUAUUUGUAAGUCAAAAGGAGACUUGGCUUUCCUUGAAGGCUCUCUUUCUCUACCCUUGCACAACAGAAAUAUCAUUGACGACCCAAUAAGCCUUAAGCCCAUUUUCUCAGAAGAAUUGUGGAAUUUGUCGCUCCAAAACCUGAACUCCAAGGGCCUCAUACAUGACGUUCCUAGUGACAUGGUGCGUCAUAUGAUUGUGUUGAGCCAUGACCAUAUUGAGAAACUCAAGAGAUGGGUCUCUGUCAGAUGCAAAAGCCAUGAUCCAGCAACACUACACAUAACAACAUUUGUGGUAACAUGUUCUUUGAUUUGGGUUUGUAAGGUGAAAUCAGAAGAGAUUAAAGAUGGCAUAAUACUUCCCAAUAAUGAUGAGUCCUACGUCUUAACCUUUGUGGCAGAUUGUCGUAACCGUCCACAACUUUCAACUCAGUUGGAAUACUUUGGAAAUUGUUUGGUUAGUGGCAAUGUUGUGUUGAAAAGGAGCACGCUUGUGGCAGGAAAUGGUAUUUUGGAGGCGGCCAUUGCUAUUGGUAGCAAAGUUAGAUAUAUGCAAUGUGAAAUUUUUGAAGGGGCUGAAACAUUGAUGUCAAAUUUAACAGAAUUUGACAAGUUGGGGCAGCAUGUGACAGUAAUUGCAGGCUCACCUAAGUUGGAAGUGUAUGAGACUGACUUUGGAUGGGGAAAGCCCAAGAGGAGUGAAGUAGUUAAUGUAGAAAUUUCAGGAACAAUCUCUUUUUCUGACUGUAGGGACGAAGAAGGUAAAAUUGAAGUUGGGUUAGCACUUCAAAAGAUUCAAAUGAAGAAAUUUUGUACCAUAUUGCAAGAGCAGCUAAGAGAAAUUGCAAUUCUUUGAGUAAAAAUCUCCAUUCUAAGCUCUGUAUGCAAAUUAUAAUGAUUUUGUACUAAUUAUUAUAAAUGUCAAGGUCACGUUUGCUAAUUUUGCUCUAAUGAUAGUAACUGUUACGUAUAAAUGUUAUGCUGAUGGAAAGAAAAUCUAAGUUUUAGUUCAAAGAAAAUUUUCUUUUUAAUGUCAAGUAAUGUUCUUCUCAAAAAUAAUAUUAGCUUUUUGAGGAGAUUGCAUUCUAGCUUGCACGAAACCUGUGCUGGCAAAACACGCCGUUGACCUGCUCUUUUGCUGCGUAAUAGUUUCU